GCCGCACCACAACCCACUCCGCUACUGUCAGAAUGGGACUGAGGGUGACUCAGACAGGUCUCUGGACUGACCAAGGGCUGGCGAUCCUGGUGCUGCUGCAGUGUUGUUCCGCCUACAAACUGGUCUGCUAUUACACCAACUGGUCCCAGUACCGAGAGGGGGAUGGGAGCUGCUUCCCAGAUGUCAUCAACCACUCCCUCUGCACCCACAUCAUCUACAGCUUUGCCAACAUAAGCAACAAUGAGAUUGACACAUGGGAGUGGAAUGACGCCACGCUCUAUGGCAUGCUGAAUGCACUCAAGAGCAGGAACCCCAACCUGAAGACUCUCCUGUCUGUGGGUGGAUGGAACUUUGGCUCUCAGAGGUUUUCCAAAAUUGCCUCCAAACCCAAGAAUCGAAGGCAAUUCAUCAGGUCAGUGGCGCCAUUUCUGCGGGCCCACGGCUUCGACGGGCUGGACCUGGCCUGGCUCUACCCCUCACAGAGAGACAGGGAUCAUCUCACCAAACUCAUCAAGGAAAUGAAGGCUGAGUUCGCCAGGGAGGCCCAGGGUGGAGCAGAUGAGCUGCUGCUGAGCGCGGCAGUGUCCGCGGGGAAGGUGGCCCUCGACAGCGGCUACGAUAUUGUCCAGAUAUCCAGACACCUGGAUUUCAUCAGUCUCAUGACCUAUGAUUUCCACGGAGCCUGGCGUGGGACCACCGGACACCAUAGCCCCCUGUUCCGGGGCCAAGAGGAUGCAAGUCCUGACAGAUUCAGCAAUGCUGACUACACUGUGGGCUACGUGUUGAGACGGGGGGUCCCAGCCAGUAAGCUGCUCCUGGGCAUCCCUGCCUUCGGCAAGAGCUUCACACUGGCCUCUUCCAAGACUGGCGUUGGCGUCCCCAUCUUGGGACCGGGACUGCCAGGCCGGUUCACCAAGGAGGAGGGGAUACUCGCCUACUAUGAGAUCUGUGACUUCCUCCAAGGUGCCACGGUCCACAGACUCCUGGGCCAACAGGUCCCUUAUGCCACCAAGGGCAACCAGUGGGUGGGAUACGAUGACCUGGAGAGUGUCAAAAAGAAGGUGCAAUACCUGAAAAGCAGGCAGUUGGCGGGUGCCAUGGUGUGGGCGCUGGACCUGGAUGACUUCCGCGGCUCAUUCUGUGGCCAGAACCUACGUUUCCCUCUCAGCAACGCCAUCAAGGAUGCCCUGGCUGCACCUUAGCCUGCCCCUUGUCCUACACUCUGUAUAGGGCAGGGGUAGGAAGGUGGGGGCUGCGGAGGCCACUCUCCCCUCAGCCCGGGCUCCACCUGCACCGUGGAGUCCAGAGUUGGGCCUGGGAACCUGUGCAGAACGCAGCAUGGUGUGUAAGAUGGGGAGCACAGGGCAUGGGGCUGUGGGGAUUGUGAGCAACUGAGG